AUGAGCACACUUCCGCAGGAUCGUUCUUUUCCGGCGGUCUCCACUGCUGCACGGACAAGUCUCUGCGUUGCCUACGGUAUGGCGAUCUUGUUCAAGAUGCCGCCUUGGGCAUGGUCGAACUUGGACGAGAUGCCCGGGCCCGUUGCCGACAACCGGCCACUUUGCUCGCCUCAAGGAUUCUUCCUCUCAGGAACGCCGCAGCCGGCAUCAGUGGUUGGAGCUGCGCCCAACGCAUGGUUUGUCUUGCCGCCUCCAGCGGGUGGCAUUCUCAGAAGAGCAAAGGUGCAGAGCCAAGAAAAAGCCAGAGGACUGAUGGCGCUCAGCAUCUGUUCCAUGUGCGAGGUUGCGCUCGGCGAUCCGCUCGCCGGCAGCACGUCGCUGUCUCUGGCAAAGUUCCCACUCGCUCGGCGUACAGAUGCCAUCCCGACACCGCUCCCUUCCUCUAGCUUACUGCUGCAGAUCCUUUCCUCUCCUGCCGGCCCUCCUCAAAAUUCCGUCUACUGUACGAUGAGGGAAGACGAGUGCCUGUCCAUGAUCGCCGCAACCAACACCUGCCGCUCUUUCCGAGGUGCGCGUCUCGACCGCGUGUUGGCUGCAUAUCGCGUCUCUUGCUUCGCCGCCGCCCGCCCUCUGUUGCGGCUGUUCUGA